GUGACCCGCAACCACUGCCAGCUGCGCCGAUUACCUAGCUUUCAGUCCCGUGUGGAACAUUCCGGCUUGACCGCACUCAACGCGCUACUUAGUCCUGACUGCCUACUUGGAAUCUACUCUAGUAGCCCGUUUCUGCAGCCGGCCCGCCUUCUUCGGCGUGUCCAGUUCUGUGCCAGUCCCUUGCCCGUGGCAGCGACAUCUGGAGAAGCUACCGGGCAAACUGUGGUCCCACAUACCACUACUACCGACCCUGAGCAAAUGGUAAUCCAGCUGCGCGAAAUGGCGAAUGCCCAAGUGGCCCGGUUACCUGGAGUCGCACGCCUUCUCGCUACCCCACCAAUUUUCACGGGCCAACAGCAGCAAAUGGCUGUUGGACUACCUACUGCAGCUCAUCUUGGUUUCGCCACGGGUCACGCAACGCAUCGAUUCUCUGUUAGUUUAGACCGCGGACUCGUCGACUUGCUUAUCUCCCAGGCAUCACAAAAGACGCCUCGACCCGGCGAAGCCAGGCAGCUCUUGCUGUAA